UGAUGACAUCACCAGUUGGGCGUUGCAGGAAGUUGCAACCUGGAAGUUGAUUUCAGAAAAGGUUAACUGGAAUUCAUCUUUCAACAUUUCUGAAUUGUUGAGUGUUCCUGUGUUCCUGGACCCUCCUGACCGGAGCCAUGUCUCGUGCACGACAGCCCCCCCUGGUCACCGGCAUCUCACCCAACGAGGGCACCUCUUGGACCAAGGUCACCAUCCGAGGAGAGAACCUGGGUACAGGCCCCGCGGACCUCAUUGGUCUGUCCAUUUGUGGCCACAACUGCCUGCUGACAGCGGAGUGGAUGUCAGCUAGUAAGAUAGUGUGUCGCGUUGGCCCAGCCAAAGACGAUAAGGGGGAAAUCAUCGUCACCACCAAAUCGGGUGGUCACGGCACCUCCACAGUUUCCUUCAAACUGCUCAAGGCUGAGAAGAUUGGUAUCCUGGACCAGUCUGCAGUCUGGGUGGAUGAAAUGAAUUACUAUGACAUGAGAACCGACCGCAAUAAAGGCAUCUCUCCCCUGUCCCUACGACCCAGCAAUCCACUGGGCAUUGAUGUAGACAAGGGUAAGAUCCCUCUGAAAGAUCUGGAGGGCAUGUUCCCAGGUGUGAGCGGAGAUUUCACCAGCGAGAACUUCUCAGCCACCUGGUAUCUCAUCGAGAACCACUCUGCCACCAGUUUUGACCAGUUGCGCCAGGCCGCCAGUAACCUGAAGAAGCAGGCCACUACAAAGAACGAGGGCAGUCUGGCCUAUGUGAAGGGAGGCCUCAGCACCUUCUUCGAGGCUCAGGAUGCUCUCGCAGGGUUGACGGAACUUGGCUCUCAUGAUGCAGCUAUCCACCAAAGGCUGGAGUCCGAUGGGACAGAGAGGGUAGAAGGAUCCAUGACACAGCGCUUAGAGAACAUUCUCAACAGAGCCAGUGAUACAGCUGACACUCUGUUCCAGGAGGUGUUGGGGAGGAAGGACAAAGCGGACUCUACACGAAACGCCCUCAACGUCUUGCAGCGCUUCAAGUUCCUCUUCAACCUGCCACUCAACAUCGAGCGCAACAUACAGAAGGGAGACUAUGAUGUUGUGAUCAACGACUAUGAGAAGGCCAAGUCUCUGUUCGGGAACACUGAGGUCCCUGUGUUUAAAAAAGUGUAUGCUGAAGUUGAGACGAGGAUUGGGGCUCUGAGGAGUCUCCUUCUGGACAAGCUGCUGGAGACACCGUCAACCCUGCAUGACCAGAAGAGAUACAUAAGAUACCUGUCUGACCUGCACGCCCCCGGGGACCCCGCCUGGCAGUGCAUCUCCGCCCAGCACAAGUGGAUCCUUGGACUCAUGCAGAACUGCAGGGAGGAGUUCAUCAACGACCCGAGAGCAGCGCUUGGGGCAAUAGCCCUGGAUCUGGACGGGGACACGCGCGCCUCAGCCCUGGGUCGGAUCAGAGACACAGCUUCGCUGAAGAGGGGGGUCAGCCUCCGGAGCCAGCGCCCCAACACCUGGGACCACGAGGCCCCGCAGCAGGUGCAGUUCGUGGAGAAGCUAUCCGAUGUGGUGAUUGGCCAGCUGCCCAACUUCUGGAAACUCUGGAUCUCCUACGUCAAUGGCAGCCUCUUCAGCGAGACCGGGGAGAAGUCGGGCCAAGUCGAGAAGUCCAAAAAGAACGCCAGACAGAGACAGAAUGACUUCAAGAAAAUGAUUGAGGAGGUGACCCAUCGCCUGGUGAAGCUCGUUAGAGGAGCUCUGCUCCCCUCUACCCUGACAGAGCCGGAGCUGAAACUGUACGGGGGCUGGGAGAGAAAGAGCGGUCUGACCGGACCCUGGCUUACACAGGUCAUACACACGGUCAGAAUCAUUUUUGAAGCUUUAGUAGCUCUGGAGAUUCCAAACGACUUACUGCAGGUGAUCCAGGAUCUACUGCUGGAGCUGAGACAUAACUGCCUCUUGGUAACGCUGCAACACACCAAAGAGGAUGUCAGAAGCCUUGCAGAUAAAGAGGACUGGGUGGUAGACAAUGAAGGCGUCACCAGCCUGCCGGCCAGGUUUGAACAGCGCAUGGUGCAGACGCUGCAGUCACUCAAAGAACCCAUGGAGACCAAACCCGGGGAGGUCAAUCUCCUCCAGUUGGACCAGGUCCAGGACCAGGUCGCUGUGCUCUGUGUGGACAUUAUGAAGGUGUUCAUCAGUUGCUUGGAGCAGCUCAGCACUAAAAGGAACGGAGAGCCGGGUCGCUCAGGUAUGUCCGUGGACCUGGUCUCUCCAGAUUUGUUCAGUGGUGUUCAGGAAGACUUCUGUCCAACUCCGGAACAGCGUCUACUGAUCAUCCUCAGUAACUGUCAGCACCUGGAGAAACACACCUUCCUUAACUUGGCCGAACACUUCGAGAGACACGGCUUCACAGGGACCGACAAGAUCACACAGGUCAGUGUGCAGGCCGUCAAGGAGCUGGAUGAGAGUCUGUUUGAUAACUACAUUGAGAGGAAAUCGGACCCCAUCGUAGGAUCUCUAGAACCAGGCAUUUAUGCCGGAUACUUUGACUGGAGGGACUGCAGCACACCUACAGGUGUGAGGAACUACUUGAAGGAAGCCUUGGUCAACAUCAUCACUGUUCAUGCUGAGGUUUUUACUGUUUGUAAGGAGCUAGUUCCCAGGGUGCUGACCAGGAUCGUUGAUGGUGUGGCAGAGGAGAUGAGCCGCCUCAUGCAAUGUGUCUCCUCCUUCAGCAAGAAUGGAGCCAUACAGGCUCGUUUGGAGAUCAAUGCACUGAGAGAUGCUGUAUCUUCCUAUCUGUCUUCUGAGAGCCAGGGCAGCUUUAAACAGGCCCUGGAGGCCCUACCCCAGUUACACAGCGGAGCAGACAGAAAGUUGCUGGAGGAGCUGUUGAAUACAUUUAAGAGCAGUAUGCAGCUCCAGCUAACAUGUUUCCAGCCCUCCAGUGUCCAGCCUGUGAAGAGAUGAGCCAGAUGUCAGAACCCCUCUUUAACAUGAACAUAUUGCCACUACUGUGUCUCGCUCUUUGUGCAGUGCCUAUUUAGUUCUAUUCAUGCACUCUUAAAGCUUGUUGUAAAAAUGUUAUGCAAUCUAAACCAGAAAUCGCUUUUUGUUACACACAUUUUUUUUUUAAUGUUACAUUCACAUGGAUUUGCUGAGUUAUCUCACAGUUUAUCUGGACAGCCCCUUUACUGUGGAAUCAUGUUAAUGAUCUGUGCUAUUGUUAGAUUUCACUCAUCUACCAAUCAGCUAUGAGUUUCUUCUAGGCUAUUUAGGUCUCACUCCCUGGUGUUAAGAAAGCGUUCUCUGUACUAAGAAACAACAGUCAAUUUUAGGCCUUGUGUUCUCUGUAUUCAUAAUGAAACUGCACUUUUUAAUGUGUAUUCACUAGGGGUUUAGCUCAGUUGGUCGAGAUCAGUGCUUGCAACUCCAGAGUUGGGGGUUCGAUUUCCACAGGGGGGCCAAUACAAAAAUGUAUACACUAACUCCUGGAAGUGAAAUGGAAGCAGUUAAAAGGUUUUCUGUUGUCAGUGCUACUCUGACCACUCAACUAACGUCUCCAUUGCCAAAUAAAGACACAUUGCAUUCA